AAAAGACUGAAACCAAAUGAUUGGUGGGCUUUUCUAAAAUAAUAGUAAUAAAAUACAAUUAAGACACACAAAAAAGAAAAGGAUUUGGUACAUUUAUUAACAUCGAUGAUGAGUUGAUAAUGCCACGUAAGCCAAAUACCAUUUUCCCAAGAAGCUCAUAUGACCUUCUUUUUUGUGCAGCAAACUCCACAUUCCACAACUCUCUCUCUCUCAUUUCUUCGUAUAAAAGGAAAUCUAUAUCAUCUCUCUCUCUCAUUGUCAAAACUCAAAAGUAUAUACUUUUACUAGUUUUAGACUUAAUAAAUGCGAUCGCCCUUUUUUUAGUAUGUUGAACCUCAUUGCUUUCCUCCGCCGUCGUCUCCGCCGUCCCCGGAAAGCCAGAAUCUCCGUCAACCACCACCACCUCUCAGUUGAUUCUUCUCCUGAGACUCAUCAUCAUCAAAAUGGCUUUUCAUCGGCAGCCGCCAUCCACCCAAACCCGGACAAAACCAUCACAGUGGCCACCUUUAACGCUGCUAUGUUCUCCAUGGCUCCCGCCGUCCCUAGCAACAAGGGCUUGCCAUUCCGGUCCAAGUCUACGGUUGACCGCCCCAAGAGCAUUCUCAAGCCCAUGAACGCCGCCGCAUCUCCUACUCACGACUCUAGAAAGCAACAGAGGUUUGCCAAAUCCAGGCCUAGGAGAGUCUCCAUCAAUCUCCCCGACAACGAGAUCAGCCGCCAGCUCAGCUUCCGGGAGGAUCCACAGCACUCUCCCCUCAGGCCCGGCGAGAUCGGUCUCCGGAGCACCAGAACGGCUCUGGAAGUGCUGAGUGAGCUAGACGCAGACGUGCUGGCUCUUCAAGACGUCAAGGCGGACGAGGCUGACCAAAUGAGACCGCUCUCCGAUCUCGCUGCGGCGCUGGGGAUGAAUUACGUCUUCGCCGAGAGCUGGGCGCCGGAGUACGGCAACGCCAUUCUCUCUAAGUGGCCCAUCAAAAGCUCCAAUGUUCUAAGAAUCUUCGACCACACUGAUUUCAGGAACGUGUUGAAGGCGAGCAUAGAGGUUCCCGGGAGCGGGGAAGUGGAGUUUCACUGCACUCAUCUGGAUCACUUGGACGAGAAGUGGAGAAUGAAGCAAGUCGAUGCCAUUAUCCAAUCCACCAACGUACCGCACAUACUCGCUGGUGCUCUCAAUUCUCUCGACGAAUCCGAUUAUUCUCCUGAGAGAUGGACCGACAUCGUCAAGGUACAUUAUCCAAACAAAUUAAUGCACAUAUAUAUAUAUAUAUAUACAAGUUAUCAAUCGAUCUAGUAACAGCUAGCUUUUCUAUAUGUAAUUAUUAACGUACGCUGCUAUAUAGUAUUACGAAGAGAUGGGUAAGCCAAUACCAAAAGCACAAGUGAUGAGAUUCUUAAAGAGCAAAGAAUACACUGACGCUAAGGACUUUGCUGGAGAAUGCGAAUCUGUGGUUGUUGUCGCCAAAGGCCAAAGUGUGCAGGGGACAUGCAAGUACGGGACACGCGUGGACUACAUACUUGCUUCCUCCGAUUCACCGUACCGGUUCGUGCCAGGGUCGUAUUCCGUGUUGUCUUCCAAAGGAACCUCGGACCAUCACAUAGUCAAAGUCGAUGUUGUAAAAGCUACAUCGAUCAACGUCAACGAGCAGGAGCAGCGACCGAUAAGAUCACAUAAGCUGCAGAGAAUUACAGCGACUACGUAUAAUAAUAACUCGUCUCUCACAAAGGCCUCGUGGAGGACACACUACUAUAAAGCAUGAACAAUCAACAUAUAUAUUACAAAAUGUUACAGGUUUUUUUUCGACUGUUGGUUGAUUAACACAAUUUGAGAUCUGUGUAUAGUUAAUAAUCGUGCUAGUCUCUGUGUUGAACGUGAAGUCUGAUAUACUUUUGCCUAGAUUUCCAUUUUUUCUACAUCCUAAUUUUGGUCUGCUUUUAAUGUUAAUUAGACAAGGUGGCUUCUUUAACCGAAACCUGUAGUAUUCAUGAGUGAGUAAGUACUACUGUACUCUUGUUUUUUUUUCUGUUUGUAGUUUCUCAAAAUGAGAUUAAUUAGCUUUCUUGAAAACGU